CAAGGACCUGUACAAGGAGGCCAUGAUGGAGGAGCACCAGCCUCUUAUAUCACAAGAAAAUCCCAGUAAGAAAUGUGAAAAUGUCAUGUUACCACUAGAUGAAGAUAUCCUGCAGCGCUCUUCAGGAGAAAACCUCAUUACCCUAAAUGUACAUCCAGGACUUCACAGUACAGAUCUAUCAUAUAAUCCUCCUAAUUAUGAGGAACCUUCUCUGAACCAAUCACAGAUUGUUACCGCAAGUACAAGUCAGAAAAGGAUUAAAAGGUUUAAUUGUGGUAAAGAAUCCACAAACAGCUCAGGACUUUCUACACACCGAAGACGUCACAAAGGAGAGAAAAUGUAUUCAUGUUCAGAAUGUGGGAAAUGUUUUACACGAAAAUCUAUUCUUGUUAUACAUGAGAGAAUUCACACAGGAGAGAAACCAUAUUCAUGUUCAGAAUGUGGGAAAUACUUUACCCAGAAAGUAAAUCUUGUUACACAUGAGAGAAGUCACACAGGAGAGAAGCCAUAUUCAUGUACAGAAUGUGGGAAAUGUUUCACAGUUAAAUCACAUCUUGUUAUACAUCAGAGAUGUCACACAGGAGAGAAAGCAUAUACAUGUUCAGAAUGUGGGAAAUGUUUUAGAGAUAAAUCAAAUCUUAUUAAACAUAAGAGAAGUCACACAGGAGAGAAACCAUAUUCAUGUUCAGAAUGUGGGAAAUGCUUUAGACAAAAAUCACAUCUUAUUACACAUGAGAGAAGUCACACAGGUGAGAAGCCUUAUGCGUGUUCAGAAUGUGGAAAAUGCUUUACAGAGAAAUCAAGUUUUGUUAGACAUGAGAGAAGUCACACAGGAGAGAAACCAUAUUCGUGUUUAGAAUGUGGGAAAUGUUUUACAGAGAAAUCAAAUCUUGUUAAACAUGAGAGACGUCACACAGACGUGAAGCUGUAUUCGUGUUCAGAAUGUGGGAAAUUUUUUACACAGAAAUCCAAUCUUGUUGCACAUAAGAGAAGUCACACAGGAGAGAAGCCAUAUUCGUGUUCAGAAUGUGGGAAAAGUUUUUCAGAUAAAUCAAGUCUUCUAAAACAUAAGAGGAAUCACACAGGAGAGAAGCCGUAUUCAUGUUCAGAAUGUGGGAAAUCUUUUAAACAGAAAGCAGAUCUUGUUAGACAUGAAAGAUGCCACACAGGAGAGAAGCCAUAUUCAUGUUCAGAAUGUGGGAAAUAUUUCCCACGGAAAUCAUAUCUUGUUAUACAUGAGAGAUAUCACACAGGAGAGAAGCCGUAUUCAUGUUCAGAAUGUGGGAAAUGUUUCACACAGAAAUCACAUCUUGUUACACAUGAGAGAAGUCACGCAGGAGAGAAAGCAUUUACAUGUUUAGAAUGUGGGAAAUGUUUCACACGUAAAUCACAUCUUGUUACACAUGAGAGAUGUCACACAGGAGAGAAAGCAUACACAUGUUUAGAAUGUGGGAAAUGUUUUAGACAAAAAUCGCAUCUUGUUACACAUGAGAGAAGUCACACAGGAGAGAAGCCAUAUUCAUGUUCAGAAUGUGGGAAAUGUUUUACAGAUAAAUCAGGUCUUCUAAAACACAAGAGGAAUCACACAUGAGAGAAGCUGCAUUCAGAAUGAGAAAAAUGUUUUUGCUUCUAAACCCAUAAUUAGGGUCAUUAGUUAAGUCACACAAGAGAGAAGCCAUAUGGCCACAAUAUAACGAAACAAUAUAUCACUGGGUCAUAGACAUUGUUUUUAUUUCAGGUUGUAUAUUUGGAGUGAUUGCAGGUGGCUGAGUGUGGUUUUAAGCAGAGAUUCUUGAAGGUUAAAGGGAACCUGUCACCAAAAAAAUCGCUUACUAAGCUGUUAAUAGUACCUUAUAGUGCUGCAGA